CAGCCCAAGUACAUAACCCAGUGGCAGGAAACCCUGGAGAGCUUGAAGAGCAAGUGUUCAGCCCCUCCCUCAGUACCAACAGUGAAAAUCUGCCACUGGAGCCCAGCCUCCUGUGGCCCAGCAUGGAGGCGGCCACAGCAACGGAGGUGGCCUUGGGACCCGCGCUGAAGAUGAAAGAAGCCAGCCCAGUGGAUGCUGAAAAACCCCAGACUUCACCUCAACGGGGGGCCGACAGCCCCAUUCCCCAGCUCCUGGCCCCUCUAGAAGAGCAACCUAAGAUCUGGCUACCUCGGGCCCUGAGGCAGACCUACAUCCGGAAAGUUGGAGACACCGUGAACCUACUAAUUCCAUUCCAGGGGAAACCCAAACCUCGAGCCACCUGGACACACAAUAGCUGUGCCUUGGAUGCCAGUCGUGUGAGUGUGCGGAAUGGGGAGCGGGACUCCAUCCUCUUCAUCCGAGAAGCCCAACGUGCCGACUCAGGCCGCUACCAGCUCAGUGUGCAGCUGGGCGGGCUGGAGGCCACUGCCACCAUUGACAUCUUGGUGAUCGAGAGGCCAGGCCCUCCUCAGAGUAUCAAGCUGGUGGACGUUUGGGGCUCCAAUGCUACCUUGGAGUGGACACCUCCCCAAGACACAGGCAAUGCAACACUCCUAGGAUACAUGGUGCAGAAGGCUGACACAAAGUCUGGGCUGUGGUUCACGGUACUGGAGCGUUACCACCGUACCAACUGCAUAAUCUCCAACCUCAUCGUCGGCAACUCCUAUGCAUUUCGAGUCUUUGCUGAGAAUGAGUGUGGGCUCAGUGUGACAGCCCCCGUCACUGCUGACCUUGCCCACAUCCAGAAAGCAGCUACUGUUUACAAGACCAAGAGGUUUGCCCAGCGAGAUUUCUCUGAAGCUCCCAAGUUCACCCAGCCUCUGGCGGACUGCACUACAGUCACUGGCUAUGACACCCAGCUCUUCUGCUGCGUCCGUGCCACUCCCAAGCCGAAGAUUAUCUGGCUAAAGAACAAGAUGGAUAUCCAAGAUAACCCCAAGUACAGAGCCCUCACUCAGCUGGGAAUCUGCUCGUUAGAAAUCCGAAAGCCUGGCCCCUCAGAUGGGGGCAUCUACACCUGCAAGGCGAUUAACACCCUGGGGGAGGCGUCGGUGGACUGUCGGGUGGAUGUGAUAGCUCCUCUUUGAGGUUCCCUAAGAGGACAUGGGCAACCCUUGAGGAAGGAAGCCUGCCUGUGCUGAGAUUGUUCUUAAGGAGAUCCAGUACAACAUCUGGUUUGGACUGAUCUAAAUAAA